UUUUUAUUGUGUGUUAUAGGUUUUCAUGUGUCUUAAAAUACUUUUAUAUUACUUUCGUGUGUUAAUGGAUUGUCAUAUUCUAAUGUUCUAAAAUAUUUAUAUAUUAUUUUGGUGUGUUAAUGCAUUAUUACUAUUUUUAUAUAUCUAAUAAAAUUUAAUUUUAUGUUUAUUAAUUUGCAGGCAUUUCGAAUCUGUCAGUUGCGUUCACAAAACAUCCAGACACUAUCUUACGAAGAGAGAAUUGAGUUGUGGAAUUUAGAAAAUGAGCAAUUUGAGGAGUUAAUAAUUCAACCAACUUUGAGUUAUUAUGAUCGAUAUUUUCAUAGAGCACCUGCCCGGACAGACGGAGGUUUAGGGUGGAGAAAUAUGUGGUCUCGACUUCAAGAAGAUGAUGCUGCUUGUCUUCAACUCCUACGAAUGUCACUACCAUGUUUCCGAACACUAUGUAACAUGCUACAAACGAAUUAUGGUCUGAAACCAACUUCAAAUGUAAGCAUUGAAGAAAGUGUGGCUAUAUUUUUGCGUAUAUGCGGGCACAAUGAAGUUCAGAGAGAUGUUGGGUUGAGAUUUGGACGAAAUCAAGAGACUGUGAAAAGAAAAUUUAAAGAAGUUCUUAAAGCGACGGAAUUACUUGCAUGCGAUUAUAUCAGAACUCCAACAAGACAAGAACUAUACCGAAUUCCUGAAAGACUUCAAGUACAUCCAAAAUAUUAUCCAUUUUUUAGUGGAUUUGUUGGAGCUAUGGAUGGGACUCAUGUUUGUGUAAAAGUACCACCAGAAUUACAAGGAAUGUACUGGAAUCGACACGAUAAUGCAUCGUUGAAUAUUAUGGCAAUUUGUGAUCUGAAUAUGCUAUUCACAUAUAUAUGGAAUGGAGCACCGGGAUCUUGUCAUGAUACAGCCGUUCUCACAAUGGCACAAGAAAGCGAUCCUGAAUUUCCUUUGCCUCCAAUGGAAAAGUAUUAUGUCGUUGACUUGGGUUAUCCAAAUAGGCAAGGAUUUUUGGCUCCAUAUAAGUUAUCACGAAACAACAUUGUCAGAUAUCAUAUGUCACAGUUCAACUAUGGUCUUGCUCCACGGAAUAAAGAAGAAUUAUUUAAUCGAUAUCAUGCGUCUCUACGUUCAGUUAUCGAGAGAACUUUUGGAGUUUGGAAGAAAAAAUGGAGGAUUCUUUGUGAUUUUCCAAGAUAUAAUAUCAACAUACAGCAGAGAGUGGUCAUGGCUACAAUGGGAUUGCAUAAUUUUAUAAAAAUUUCAAACUUUUCAGAUGCAGAUUUUGCUGAAGUUAUGGCAGAAACAGGAGGAUUUCAAUACACAAGCAGAGACUGAUUUUCAUACCGAUUUAGAUGAUGUGGAAACAAUUGAAGUGACAGAUGGAGGACAUAUGGCGCAAAUAAGAGAUAAUAUUGCAAAUAUGCUAUGGGAAAAUCAAUAAAAUAAACUUAUUUUCUUAUUGUAAUUUAUUUGUACUUUAUAAAAAAUGUAAAAUACUUUAUUGUCAAAUAGAAUUUUAUUUUAUAUAUUCAGUACUAUUUAGUUUAUAAACACCAUUCAAGCAUUUUGAUAUAAACUUUUACGUUUUCUAUUUUAAAUAACAAAUUUAAUUAAUUUUAUUAAGUUUCUCUUAUACAAACCACAGUUAAACACCAUUCAAACAUUUGUCCCGCACUUUUUAUUAUUUUGGUCACCAUUCACAUAUUUCUUAAACCGCUUUUAUUAGAUGAAUCACACUUGUCCUGCAGUAUGCGUUUUUCUAACACAAACCGCUCUUAAACCGCACCGCACUAAUCAAUCAGCUUGUCCCGCACCGCCCAACCCGCUGUUACCAUUCGGAGUCUUAGCUAUCACUUUCCAAAAUUGAAUCGUCUUUAAUGGCUCUCUGAAAAUCUUUUCAGCCUUUCCGUUUCAUCAGAAGUUAAUACAUGAAGAAGGUCAAAUCGAAAAUUAUUUAGCAGCUUAUGGUUCGUUGUGCGAGAAUUAGUGAACAUACGUAGGUCCUAGUUAGAUUACUCUUAAAAAUGAAGACACUUGGACACAUAAUUUUUAUUUGGAAUAGAAGGCUAACUUGACCUAUAACGGAUAAAUGAUGAUGAAUCCGAUUAUUUUACACAAUGUUGACGACAUCACAACAUAUCUGUUUGUAGGAUAACUUAUACAUUUGACGGCUAAGUAUAUAAAUGUCUGAUGGAAUAAAGAUAAAUGUCAGGAGGUAUCCUGUUCGGGUGCUUUCGAUCAAUUAUU